AUCUAAAGCAGCACAAUGGUCUGAUGCAGUUGUAGUUCCUGUGUGAGAACUACACUAGUCACUGUGUAAAUCAUGUUUCUUUAACAGAGGUAUUCUCAGGACGGGGUGGGGGGAGGAUGGGUUCAUUGGGUUCAUGUAGUAUUGGACGCCUCCUCCCAAUUCAGGUUGGCUGCUUCCUUGGCUCCCUCGAUGAAGGGGCUAGCUAUUAGGCAAAUAGGUGAUGGAAAAUGGCAUACAAGUGUGCUGUGGAAAUGGCUAUAUAGCUUUACGUUUAUUCGGGACACAGAAACUCGAUCUGCCGAUGACUCCAAUCUAGCUGUCAUUUUUUAGGUCAUUCCAGGCAUCUCGCUAACUUGUUUGUGGCUUCAGACAGAUGUAUGAAUAAGCCCGCUUUAGUCGUCUAUGAGUUGCCUACUGGGAUGGGGAAAUCGCUUUGUCCUGUGCUGUCUAAAAGUGGAAUAUAAAUCAUGAUGGCUGAUGGAUGCUGCAGAGGGAUGGAAAGAGGCAGGGGUAAGAUUACAUCAGAUUCUUUACAGAGAUCCGCAUACACUCAGCAUUAUGUCCAGACCGCAUCACAGCAGGGCAACGACAUCCAAGAGUUAGCCUCCAAACGCGUCGACAUACAGAAGAAACGCUUCUAUCUGGAUGUAAAGCAGAGCGUACGCGGACGGUUCCUCAAAAUAGCCGAGGUGUGGAUUGGAAGAGGCCGUCAUGACAACAUCAGGAAGAGCAAACUGACGCUGUCUAUGUCAAUGGCUCCCACUCUACGCUACUGCCUGGGAGACUUCAUAGAUUAUUAUGCCCGCAUCGGACUUCGGGGCGGCCUGGCGCCUCCGCAGCUCGAGGAGCAAAGCAACAACGGGCAGAGCCGCGCGCACGACUCCCGCAGAAGACCGCAGGAGCAGCAGACGGUGCUGUCUCCCACCGGCUCUGCUGUGUCAGAUGACCAUGCCCACCGCGUCCUUAAGAGCGAAUUUAUCGAGAGGGACAACAGAAAAUACUUUCUGGACCUUAAAGAGAACCAGAGAGGUAGGUUCCUCCGCAUACGACAGACCGUUAGCAAAGGGUACGGUACAAUGGGCUACUACGGCCAAGGCAUCGAGCAGACCAUAGUGCUGCCCGCACAGGGGCUCAUCGAGUUCAGAGACGCGCUGUCACAGCUGAUCGAAGACUACGGCGACGAAGAGAGCGACGAGCGCCGCCGAGUCGGAUCCAGGAAUCACGACGACAACCCCGAACUUCCCGAGGCUGCGUCUUUUCGGGUGGACAACAAGAGGUUUUACUUUGACGUUGGUUCAAACCGAUAUGGUAUCUUUUUAAAAAUCAGCGAGGUUCGACAGCCCUAUAGAAAUACCAUCACGGUUCCCCUUAAAGCCUGGGCCAGAUUUGGAGAAAAUUUCAUCAGGUACGAAGAGGAGAUGCGACGGAUUUUCUCGUGUCACAAAGAGAAGAGGACAGACGCUCGACAUGGUAGUGAGGAGCAGGAGGACUGACCUUGGCAGUAAGCUGUGUCUGUGCUUUGACAUGUAGGCCAUUUUUUAGAUUCUGUUAAUGAAGAAAAUGUCCAGGCCUGACAGUAACCAAGAAAUGAUGUGGGUCUACUGCUUUUAAUACGCCAAGAAACCAUUGAUUCACAGCCCAGUACCUACAUUUGUUUCUAUGAAAAAAGUCAGCUAUUUAUUUUCCUUGCCAUCCUUUUCUCAUCGCGAUUUAAGGCACUUUUUCUUCCCAACCAGAGCCAGGUCUUGUCCCCUAUCUGGGUAUUUAGGGCCCCAGGUACCCCCCUCUUUCUUUCUUUCUUUUUUUUCAAUUAGGAGUGCACUGUAAAUUACAGUGUUGUUUAAUUAAGCGUGAUACUGAAAGAUAAAAACUAGUGGUAUUUAGAAUGUAGUACAACCCAAGAAGCCUCUUUUUUAUUUUAAAAUAUUUAUUUUAGUUUGUCCCCAAAGCAUAUUGGUGAACAAUUUUAUGAUGCCUAAAACACUUAAAGCAGAAAAAAAACCUUGAAUUUACAAUGAACAACUACAAUGAAUUAAUGUGAUGUGUUCCCUAUAGUUUUCAUGCCUGCUACCCAUUAAGUCCCAAACAGAUAUUUACUGUUAAGUGCAGAUACUGGCUGUGACCCCUGCAGAGAUAGAAAAAGCAGACAAGGUAUAGUAACUAGAAAGUGCUAAAACUGCUAUGAUAAUAAAAAUAAUAAUAAUACUGCAGGACACAUGCACAGUAAAUGUUACAAUGUAGAGGUUAGGCUUUUACACCAGUAAUAACUCUGUGGCAAAUAUGAAUGCAGGCUUCUUCAGUCAUUUCAAUGACCCUUUUCCUGCAGUGCUGUUGGAAAAUCAAAUAUGUGCCAAACAGGCAGAACAUGUAAAAUGUAGCAACACGCUGAUUUUCUCCUUAUUUUGGCAGCAAAUGAAAGCUGUAGUCUUGUAGAGUCUAGCAUAGGAAGUUCUAUGUGGUGGUGUUUGAAAGCUGUCAGAUUUCAGAUUUUCUUGGUAUUUCAUCGUUCAUUUCCUGUGGCAACAAAACCAACAUAGCCCCACAACGCUGUUCUGCCAUAGUGGUGUUGUCAGUGUGAAGGCAUCACAUUAAAAUUGUUAGCAAAAGUGAAUCAAGAAAUUCAAUUCAAUUUAAUUCACAACAAAAGUUAUCUUGUGACACUUUCCAAUUAGAGCAGAUCUAGACCAAACUCUUUAAUUAAAAUGUAAUAUAGAGAACCCAAAUGACAAGUAAAAUGCUACUCCUGAUUGCUGUAGCCAACACAGGCAGUCAGUCCACAAACACAGGACUGUGUUUUCCACUGACCUGAGACACAUUCUGAUACUAAUAUUUGAUUUGUUAGUUGUCCUACUGCCUCAAACAGUUGAAGAAGAAUGGGAUUGAAUUGAUGUAUGAAUAUAUCUUUGAAAAGAUGUCCCUCCUCAUCAUCCAAAAACACUGUCAAGACAGGGACAAAGGAAACUGACUGUGACUGCUGUCUGACAAAAAUGUGUAGAUCUUGUUAUUCUUAAGGAUAAGUGUGUUGCUGUAGUUACAUUAGUUAUACUAUAGGGUGAUUAUAGCCUGCAGCUCAGAAUGACACUUUAUUUGCUGAAGGAAAGGUAUUUUACAUGUGUUCUGCUGAGCACAAGAGAUAACUAUGUGCAGCUUGUCUUCACUGGCACACAGUGGCACAGUGGUGUUUGACAGAGUUCACACGGCUAAACACAAUCGUGAAAGAAAAUAGAUCUGAAGUGUAAAAGAUUAUGCUAGCGUAGACAGCUGUGUAUGUGUUCCCUCAGAUGAACUUCACAAAGGUGAUUAAAAUGUGCUUCUGAAACAAAUGCAGCCUAGACAUACAGGCUCUGCAUGGAAACCUGGAAGAACAUGGCUCUACUUCUCAAUUUGCUCAGCUUUCUUCACCGCUUUUUUAACAGUUCUCAUCAUUAUCAGUAUCAUAAUUCUCCAUUAACUGUGAAGGAGCCCGGUGGUUUCCAAACUUCUUGACCACUUAGAACAAAACAGUGUGUUUGAGUUGUGUUCACCAAAGACAAAUCUCCUUCUCAGAUUAUUUGAAGAAUAUUUUUGUCCAAUCUGGAACUAAAACUUUUCAGUAAAAAGCAAAAAUUAGAGCAAGGUCUGAUACUGAUCCAAUAUUGUUUCUGUGUUUCUAUCCUGUUAAACUUCUUGUUUGUCCAGACACUUAUUUUGCAACCUCUUAGGAUCCUGGCAGGCAGGUUGUGAACCCGCUAAUGUAAACAGACCCCGAACCAGUUUUGUAGUGUGCUUGUGUAUAGUGACGCCUUGACAAACUAUGUUUUUAAUUAUAUUUUUUAUCAUUUACCACAUGCCCUUUCAAAACUACAUAAUGAUAAUAUUUGAAAUGAGGCGUCAAAAUUAGUAACUUCCUUAUGUUAGCUCCAAAGCUUCUACUGCAUAAUAUGCAGGAAAGUGAUUUUGAAAUAUGUGGUGCUAUAGAGACAUAAUAACACAUUUUCUGUUUGUCGCAUAAAGCUGUUAAUUCUCCAUGGAAUGGAUCUACAGUUCUUUGUGUUUUCAACAUGACAUAAACAGACUGAUGAAAGUAGAAAGCAAACUUGUUACCUUGAUGUCAGUGAACGCCUCAGUGCACAUUGGUACACUGGCUAGAUAAAUGAAUGGUAAUAUAGAAAGGGCUAAACAUCCUGCUCAAUCAAGCCUUAAAACAUCUUUGUACCAAUGUGAUCACUUUGCAGAGCCGUAUAUUUCACCUUUCCUUAGUGUUUACUGAUAAGAAAGUGAUGAAGUUGUCUUGUAGUGUUUAUGUGUUACUUGUGUGUUCUAUUUGGCUGUUAAUCCUAAAACUCCAAGAAGUGCUGCUUCUCAUGAGAGCUUGAAUGGCCAUACAUUGAGUUCUGUGUAUGCUGUGUGGCCUGCAUGAAAGAAGCGCUGUCACUAUCGACAAAGAGCCCGAUUUAGACAUUGCAGUUGUUCUGCUCUGCUGAUUCCAAACCUUAGGGUAAGUUCAAGGUGAGUCAAGGUCUUCUGUAAGAUCAGACACUGAGGUGGCAAACAUAAAGGGGUCAUAACCUUUUUCUGAUGUAAUUUUAUUAAAUAACACGCACAGCAAAAAAUCUAUAACUAUAUUGUUAUAAUUUCCCUUCGGGGAUAAAUAAAGGAAUUCUGAUUCUGAUUAUUAAACAUUAAAUAUAUAAUUAAAACGUAUGCUUGUGAUUGUGCAACAUAGUUAUCGUAGUAGAUGUUCUCUUGUUUUAUCAGUACUUUCAUGUGUCGGUCAAUGUGUCAGUAAGAUCACAAUGACGCCAUAUAAGCCAAGUCUAAAUCUCUCUUUCUGUCAUAAAGAGAUGUUGGUCUCUGUCUGUGUGAGAUACCAACUAACGUGCUGUAACCACUGUGAAAAGACAUAGGAACAUAGUAUUUUAUUUCUCUUGUUCAAUGCUUUGUUCUUGUUCUUUCAUUGUGUAGCUCACUGGACAGCUGCUCUCUCUCUAUCCUACAUUUCAAUUAGUUGAAAAGCAGUGAAAUUAAAACUAAUUAAACAAAACAAAGGUGAAUCUACUAAAAUACAUUAAAAAGUGGAAAUUAGAAAUAAAGACAUGGUUCAAAAAAGCUGUGAUUCUCUCUGCAGUUGGGGUUACUAAAGGUUACAUUAUUUUAGAAUUAAUAUUAUGUAUUAAAUAUAGUUUCCAUUGCACUAAAGAAUCCAAAGAAAGUACAACAGCAGCUGAUGGUGUGGUAUGAAGGAGGAUGUUGAAACCUCUGUCACUGAGGUGUGUUAUUUUUUAAACUGUAUAUUAAAAGUCAGACUGCCUCCACCAUCCUGCACUCAUGCGUGCUGUGUACAGGUGUCUGAGCUCUGGUGCCUGCUGCACUUUUUAUAGGCGCACAUUUGCAUGCAAAGGCCACGUUUUCUCAUCUGGCCUUAAACACACUGUAUCUGGUACAGUGCUUUUGUAAUACAGCCAUUUCUUUCAGACAAUAUAACUAAACUAUGGCCAGGGAAAACACUUGUUUCUAAUAGCGGGGCUGGUGAAAAGUAAUUUAAAAAUUAUUCUGAAAGCAUGCUAGGUGUAUUAAACUACAAGUAACCAUAUUAACAAUACUUAUGACAU